AUGGAGUUUGCCAUGGUGGGUGCGGACGGCGGGUGCAAUAGUCACCUGCCUUACGGAUAUGCCCAAGCUCGCGCACGGGAGAAGGAGCGCGAGAGGGAGCGCCAGGCUGCCCAGUCGGGAACGGCGGCUACUGAAGGUGGGUCCGGUGCGGAGGAAGGAGGUGGUGUUGGUGGAGGUGCUGGGGACGGCGUGGGGGAGUCCACCUCCUCCUCGAGCGCUCAUCUCCUUAACAACCGCCAGCAUCAGUCUCGCGCCGCCUCCUCCACGAACGCCAACAUCAGCAGCGGCGGUACCGCCUCGCGCCCCUCCUCCUCCUCUUCCUCCUCCUCUUCCUCUUCGCAGCCGCCACAGCACCAGCAGGACCCCGAGCAGCAGCACAGGGUUCUCAGAGAGCGGAAAAAGCAGCGCGGCGUCGGACGCUGGAGACACAACCGGACGACUCUCGGCGGGGACCUGCGCCACUCGGAGCUGGCGCUGCUCGGAUCCGAGGAGGACAUGAUGAUAGAGGAGGAAGAGGAGGAAGAGGAGGAGGAGGAAGAGGAGGACCGGGUUAGCAAGAGGUCCAGCUUUCUGUGUAACAUGGAUGAUGAGGAGACCGUUUCGCUCACUGACAGGCGUCCUCAGUCCGGAUACGAAAAUGUUUACAACGAGUGCGGCUGCUGCGAGAGAGUGGUCAUCAACGUGUCGGGGCUGAAGUUUGAAACUCAGUUCAAGACUCUCGCUCAGUUCCCGGACACGCUCCUGGGAGACCCUGACAGGCGAAUCAGGUACUUCGACCCGCUGAGGAACGAAUACUUCUUCGACCGGAACCGACCGAGCUUUGACGCAAUUCUUUACUAUUACCAGUCAGGGGGGCGUUUGAAAAGACCCGCAAACGUCCCAUUUGACAUUUUCUCCGAGGAGGUGAAGUUUUAUGAGCUCGGGGAAGAGGCAAUACUCAAGUUUCGGGAGGAUGAGGGUUUUGUGAAAGAAGAGGAAAAACCUCUGCCGGAGGACGAGUUCAAGCGCCAAAUUUGGCUGCUGUUUGAGUAUCCGGAGAGCUCGAGCCCUGCCAGGGGGAUAGCGGUGGUGUCCGUGCUGGUUAUAGUCAUUUCUAUUGUCAUUUUCUGCAUGGAGACGCUGCCGGAGUUCAGGGAUGAAAAAGAGUAUCUACAGCCACGACUCAACUCCACUCAACCUGAUCACGGAUUUACUCCUUUCAACGACCCGUUUUUCAUCGUGGAAACGGUUUGCAUCAUCUGGUUUUCCUUUGAGAUUACAGUGCGCUUCUUUGCGUGUCCGAGCAAACCGGUUUUCUUUAAAAACAUUAUGAACACAAUAGACAUUGUAUCCAUUUUGCCUUAUUUCAUAACUCUCGGCACGGACCUGGCGCAGCACCAAGAAAACGGGCAGCAGGCGAUGAGUUUUGCCAUCCUGAGAAUAAUCCGUCUGGUCCGGGUGUUCCGCAUCUUCAAGCUGUCCCGGCACUCCAAGGGGCUGCAGAUCCUGGGCCACACUCUGCGCGCCAGCAUGAGGGAGCUGGCCCUCCUCAUUUUCUUCCUGGUCAUCGGUGUCAUCCUGUUCUCCAGCGCGGUGUACUUCGCAGAGGCGGACGAGCCCUCCUCGCAGUUCACGAGCAUCCCCGACGCGUUCUGGUGGGCCGUGGUGACCAUGACCACGGUGGGCUACGGGGACAUGAAGCCCAUCACUGUCGGUGGGAAGAUAGUAGGCUCCCUCUGUGCGAUAGCUGGCGUGUUAACCAUCGCGCUCCCGGUGCCGGUCAUAGUGUCCAACUUCAACUACUUUUACCACAGGGAGACGGAUAACGAGGACCAGGCGCCGGUGGUGGAGAGCUUGCCCCCGGGCUGCCCGUAUUUCCCGGACUUUUUAAGGAAGUGUAAAGGCUCGCCUUCUGGCUCCACGCAGGGGGACAAAGCGGAUUAUAUGGAGAUGGAGGAGGGGGUCACGGAGUCUCUUUGCGGGCUGGACAAGAGCCCCAGUAAAGGAAACGGCACAGACAUAGGCAGGAGAAACAGUACUAACUCAAAAUCCAUACAGACUGACGUGUGAUUACAAGUAUAAUUUUGUUUUACCAUUUUUUCCUAAAGAAGAUUACGCCCUAUAAGAUACUGUUUGCCUAUAAGCAGGUGGUCCCCAUGACACACGUUGUACGCACACAAAACAUACACACUUAACACUCGUUCACAGGUCACCAAUUGGAAGAUUAUAAUGUUUCAUUAUCUCCAUCUCACAACGAUGGUUUCUCCCUCUCCUUAACCUUUAGGAACAAUUAUGAUGAAUAUUUGCCUAAUGGGCUAAUUAAUUAAUAAUUAUUUUGUCUAAACUUCGGGCUUCCAAAUCUGUCAUAAAUUAAAAGUCUAGACAAGACAGGCUAUGCAUUCGCACUUUAUCAGUUUUAUCUGUCAGUAUAAAGGUAGGGACGAUCGUUUUGCUGUUAUGCAAUAAAGUUAACAUUUGUUUGCACUAUGUAGAAUUUGCGCUGGGUUAGGUUGAUUUUUAUUUCAGAGACAGAAACUGUAGGCCAUGCAAAUGACAUUAAUUGAGUCAUCCUCUGACCACUUAGAUGAAGAAUGUUUGAGUAACUUCCUUUAAGAGGCAAACUAAGGUUAUUAAUAACCUAUUUCAUACUCUGCCAAUACAAAUUGGACUCUAAGAAAGGAAAAGCCUGGGAUAGAUAAAAUACUUUUGUUACUGCUCCAACUCUUAGUAUGAACAAAAAGCUCAUUAAAACAUAGCAUUUACCAGACAUCAAAUAACCCAGGGCUAGAAUUAUUUGUAUUACAUUACAUAAAUAUGCUUUUCCAUAAAAAGCCUUGUGUUGUUGACCCACAAUGAGAGCUAAGCACAGGAAAUAUCAGAGUUAGAAAAAGGCUGGAGAAAUGACUUGCCCUGCCAGGUUAUGUAAGGACAGGCUUGGAGCCUUGGCGACAACAGUAUCCCCAGUUUCAUUUAAACCACCUCAAAAUGACAAUAUCCCUUUACACGGACGUAGAUGGAAAGCUAUAGCAAAACCAACUCUAAUGUGGAAACUCCUCGAAGGGGAGUUUGCGAGCAACUUCCUUUCCUGUCCCCUGGACUUUGUGCACAAAAUAUUUUAUUUUCUCAAGAGGACUAUGAUUAUCUUCUUGCUCAGAGGAUCACCGAGAUGUGGAUGUCUUCCAAGCGCUGCCAGUUACAGGGAGAGGGAGUAUCCCCCACAUCUCUGGUAAUUGCAGAGAACAAGCAAAACAUUGUGACUGGUCAUCUCGAGCACGAGCGGACACUGAAAAGCAACAACUACUGGACGGGACUCGGCCCUCGAACACGUGGGGGGAAGCACCGCUGCGUGACGUCAGUAAACAAACCCCCGAGGGUUAAGACUGGAGAUGGAAAGGAGUAAGUCGUGGCCCAAAAUGAUUGCCUUAAUUACUACACAUAUACAGAUGUAUGGAGUGAUGAAACUAAGAGACUUAUAGUUCAAAGAUGUUUUCUUUACAUGUGAAAAAAGUGUCUUGUAAGGAACAGAUGUGAAUAUUUUAAUAUGAUAGAGAUAAUGUUUGGUUGUAACGUCGACAUAAUGUUUUAGUUGGGUCGGCUUUGUAGGUGUUACUGAAUAGUGAGUUUGCUCUGCUUAUGUGCAGUCAGCAGUAAGACUUCAUCUAUUUUUUAUCUUGUUUCAUAUUGUCAACCAAACAAGGCUGGCCUGAGUUGCUCACUCAAAUGCUGGCAACAAACUCUUAAUUCACAUCGUGUCAUAAUAACACAUGAUAAUCCUCAUUCAGAAAGUGUACAGAGAGAUAUUGGGAGAGAUAUAUAUUGACUGGCUCAAUGCAACACACUGAAAUACAUCAGAAGAAUAUCCUCUUACAUUAAGAUCCACUUACACUAAAGCAAAGAUGUCAGGCACAUAAACACCCUCAUGAAUAUCUGCCACACUCACUUUCUAUUAGAGAAAUUCAGCGGGUGAAACUCGCCGGGCUCUCACCGUAAAGAUGAAAUACCUUACCCGUAGGUUUUUUUCUCAGAUGCAAAUUUAGAGCUGACCAGCUGCUUUGUUGAUAUGUUUUCACUUUAACUGUAUGCAAAAGUAACAUGGACGUGUGUUAUAUAUUUUUUUAAACCUAGCCUUGAUAAUUACAUAACCAAAGGUGAAACCCUGAAUUUAUUGUAUGUUGUGGACUUCUGGAAAAUGUCGUGAUAUAGAUGCACACUGAAUAGCAGACAUUUAUACUUGUGUGUCCUAAGAUGUGUUGCAGAUAGAGUUAUGUGAGACUUUUUACUUUCUUUGACUGUUAUGACCAUCAACCAUAAUCCUCUGUGUUGGGUUUUUUGUCCUCGCUGAUACAAUCACAAUCCUCAUAUUGUUGUGAAUGCUGCUCCAACAUUCUUCUUAGUUUGUUAUUGUCCUUUUCUUUCUUUUUUCCUACAUACUGAAACAUCCAUCGACUCAAUCAUUUGGAAUUCCAAAACAUGAGGUAGCUGAUGUCGUUUGUGGCGUUGGAUCUUGUAACCUCCCUUAGACCUGCGUUGUUGCCCAUGAAAGAAACAAUUAGAAGUUUUAUAUGUCCUUGUGGAAGUAGUAGUUACAUCAUAUAUUUGAAUGAAGUCAGUAUUUUAUUUUUGUCUCGGUUAUUUCCCUCAGAAGAGCUGUUUACUGAAUGUUAAAGAUGUUUCCUUAGUAGUAAAAAAACAACAAAUGUGACCACAAAAUAACCACAAUAGUUUAAAAAUAGAUGUCAAUAGUUAACUUGGGAAAUGUUCACAAUGAAGAUGUUUUUUUUAUUGUGAAGGCUUUUCUUCAUAUCAAAGGUUUUACCAAAAAGACCAGAAUACUCCAGCACAAGUUAUUGCUUUUUUAAAACAAACAUUACACUGAAACUAGAAAGGUAGAAAGAGUGAAAUCAGCUUGCAUGGUAGUGGAUUAUAAUAGCAGGUUGUACUGUAGUUGCACAUCUUUAAAAAUCUAAUAUUAUUCAAGGUUAGUAAAGCCAAAAAAGAAAAGCAACACAAAUUGGCGGAUUAGUCCAAAUCAUAGCUUUGAGAUGAAAUGAACUCAAAGGACUGCUCCCUUAAUGACAUUUAAGUAAACAACGGCUUUAGAAGAAACUUGAUCCUAUCAGGAAGUGAUGAAUACAGUAGUUACAAUCCAGCAGACAUUACUUUGACUACUUGGGUUAAAGAAAUACAUGUAUGUGCUUUAGUUACACAAGAUGAUUGAUUCCUCUUAAAUGGGGUACAUUUGAAGCUUUAGGCAAGAAAACUGUUUGCUGAGCAUAAACACAUGUAUGUAUAUAUCUAAUCAUAUCAUUAUCUUAUGUUCACAACAUAGUUCUUUGUCAGGAUUGGAAUUGGAAAAUGUGUUGUUUUCUGGCACAAACACCUAAAGAAAAAAGAAAACACAACUUGAGCAAGGUUAGCUGUUUCCUCUCUUUUCCAGUCUUUAUGCUAACCUAAACUAAGACAUCUCGGCUACAUGGAUAUUGUACAGACUGUCCACAAGAGCGAGAACAAGCAUAUUUCCCAAAACUCUUCAGAGGUAAAUGGAUUGAAGAUGAAACCGGUCUGAAGAGAUAUAUAUUUUCAGAUGUGAUUUUAUUAUACUAAUCUUGUGAGAAUAUGAGCCUCAAGCACAAGCUGUCCCUGAGUGGGGUCUGACCUGGAGUUCCAACCUGGAAACAGUCAUGAUGUGGGCUCACAUAAGGAUGUGAGAUGUAGCUAGCCCACGUGCACAAAUACCAUACUAACAGCCAAUAGUAGCCAAAAGCUGCACUGCAACAAUACUAAAUUAAUCUAUCUAGCGUCAUGUUUAGCCACAGCUGGGUAUUAUCACCAAGCAGCACAACGGGCGCUAAGCCAAAGACUUCUAUAUGCCCACAGGUUACUAUAGAGAGGAGAUCAGGAUCAGCGUGAUUGAACCCCGGGGCCAACAUGUCCAAUCAAGCAGAGCAAACAAGCACCAAAGGAGACUGAAGGAAAUCUGUUUAACUGGACAGCCUCUAACCCAUUUCCUCAGUCUAUAAAUUAUACUCAUUUAUUUGGUUAGAGGCUGCAAUUAUGUCAAGUACAAGUUCACUUAAAUCUGCUUUCAUCGGGAUUUCAGUAGUGACCCAGAGAGCUCAGAUGUUCAAGCAGAUUGAAUAUUACUGGAAGAAAAAUAAUUUAUCCUUGUAUGAGAGCAGAAUGAGACUCGAGCACUGAAUAAAAAGGUCAUUAUCAUACUGGAUAUUUUUCGAGAGGUCAUUCAGGUCAUACAGUAUCACGAGUGGGAAAGGAAUAGUGGACACAUAUGGAACAUAAGAAUAAAGAACCAAUUCAUUUUCUCUUUGACCUGCAGUAAUAACUUGUGUGAUGCUGUUAUGAUGCAGCACAGUCAGCGAGGUUAAAAACAUUUUAUUUAUGAGCUGGAAAACUCACAAGGCUACAUUUAUAAUCUAGUUUUGAGGUGUAAAAAUCACUAAAACUGACCUCAUUCAAAAUAAUUAUUGGCGGGGAUUGAUUUCCCUUUCAGGAGGGCUAUCUCGACGUUGUAAGAAAAACAGCUUUUCUGUUGAGGCUCACAUAUUUCUUGGGCCUAAAUUACCCUGAGACUGGAAUCCUCUGUGCUUUCCACACAGGCGACUGGGCAAGAUUAACUUUAAGAUGAAUGCCUCUCCAAAUCAAUAACAAAGGAUUUCUUCUCAAACACUACAACCAAUUGACCGCAGAUCUGAAGCCAUGCAAACAACAGCCAAGUGGGAUUUAGUGAUGUACUCUGUUUUAUUCCGAUGUCAGUGUUGAAAGAUUUGACACAAAACAGCCCAAUCGAGCCUGAAGGCGGCUCAAUCUUCAUAUGUGUCCACUUUUUUCAUUUCCACGUAUACAUGAGGUGCUGGGACAUUGCCUAGGGAUGUUAUGUUUUAUUUGUUCAAUUGAGGCAAGAGGCAAUUGAAAGUUAAAAUAUGAUCUAAUAGGAAAAUAGAUUUAAGCAGCUCAUAUCACAGAGCAGAGUCUGAAAUAACCUUUAACAAUGUUGAAGGUGUUAUAAACAGAAAUGUUUUAAUGAUAAUCUGUCAUCAUUCCUGGCGUGUGGAACCAAGCCUACUGAACUAAACACCAUUUUGAGAUUAAAGCACAGAACUGUACACAAAAAAAUCCAAAAUAACCCCAAGCUGCCCAAAGAAAUGUUUCAUCUACCAAAUAAAAGAAAACUGCUUUUGCCCAUUGUGAUUAGGUCAGAUAUCGUGAUACAAAAAAUACUAUUAAGACAUUUCGAGUUUAUAGUUUUUGUAUUGAAUAAGUUAUAGAAAAUCUCACUUUUAAAUGUUUUUGAGUCCAAUAGCUGAAGGACAUCUUUAAAAAAGACAACCUGAGUAAGCCCAAUAUCUUGACACUGCACACAGGCAGCACUGUAGACGUUUCUGUACGGCUCAGUUCAAUAUUACGUACCAAAGACACUUUCAUAAAGAAAAGUAAUGUGGAUGCAAACCAGAGUGUUUACUGUAACAUCCACAGUGUUAGAUAACACCAGGAACCCGUUUUAAGUCUUAAUCUCCUUAUAAACAAGGUAGCUUAUGAGGAGCACUAAAUACAAACUGUUGAACAGUGACCCAGUUUGUGUUUGUUUGGUACUCUCGCUGGAUAUGUGACUGGAUUUUGGGGUUGUUUUUCCCCAUCUGCCUCCUGUGGAACAGUAUUAGUGCUCUUUGGUGCAAAAGCAGAGAUUACAGUGUGUGCCUGGUUACAUCUGUCUUAGAUAGGGGGAAAAAAAAUUCAUUCCUGUGUGCUGAAAGGCUUUAGACCAUACUGGUGAUGUCAGCUCAAUUUACUGGGUUAAUAAACAGGUCGCCCCAAUUGAACUCUAUCUAGGAAAUAAUCAGAGGUCACUACUUAAUGUUUCAUUUCUGUUCUCAACAAAACAAUUCUUAGACAACUCAUUGAUGACGAGUUGAUUCAAACUUAGUUUCUCCAGAGAGAAUCAUGAAAAAUGACUGUUUACCAAAGAUGAGCUCACAAGUGUCCUGGUCAUAAGUUGAUAAGACUAAAUUGUUAAAUUAGACAACUAAGAGGGGACAGUGCUCGUUUUUGAUGUUAGCAAAUUAUUUCGGAGAUUAGGAUAUUGAUUAGAUAAUAAUAGCCUUCAUUAGCUUAACCAUUAGCCAAAUGUAACUUUGUUGUUUUUUGAACACCGGUGUACCAGAGCAGUAAGGAGACAGAAACAUUAUGAUGCGCCAGAUCAAAAGGGGCCUUAUCUUCCUGAAGUGCUAAUCGCUACAAGGGAAUUAGCACUUUCACCUUUUUCAAUGAAAACAAAAAUGCACACAUAUUAACAUCUUCUAGUGAGAAAACCUCUCCUGAUAGCUGCAGACCCCCAGCAGCCGGUACGUUAAGUGCUCUCAGACCCUUGAGCAAAGCAACCGCCGGCUUCUCCUGACUGCUGCCGUCCUCUCGGGUGUCUCAAAGUGAAAUGUGGAUCCUAAUUGCAAAAGGCCUCAUAUAUCAAGCUAUUGGACAUGCAUAGCUUUACAGCAAGUGCGAUCAAAAAGAUAUAUUUUUGCCUGAAGAUGGAAAACUUUGAUCGAUAUGAAAUUCAUUGCCAACUAUUUUGAUAAUCGUCUCAGUAAGGCGUCCUCUGGUUCAAGGGUCUCAAAGGGAAUGGGAGGAUUGGAUGAUUUUAAUUUAGAAUAAAUUAUAAUAAAUUGAAUUCCUUUGAGUUUCAGGCUGUUAAUCGAAUAAAACUAAAAAGAUAUCUCAUUGGGCUGUGUUAUGGGCCCUUUUUAAAUUAUAACAAGGACAUUAUAUAUCGUUUUUAACUAUUUUUUGACAUUUACUGACAAAAUGAAAAAAUGUAACUGAAUAAUUGUGAAGAUGAAACAAUAGUUAAUACAAUGAAUGAAAGCAACAGAACCGUUGUAAUUGAUAUAAUCCCCUCUGUGAUAAAUGGUCUGUGCUCUGUGAUAUGGCAAUGUAAUGUCUCAUUACUCCCAGGGUGCUCAAAGCCCUGCCACAUAAGAACAAACAUAAAAACACAAGAAAAUGAAUACAAACAUCCUCACCAAUUUUUCAAUAAAGCUUUUAAGGAAACAAGGACAAAAGAAAUAAAACAUAAUUGCCACUUAAAUCUGAAAACACACAAAAAACAGAACAUGUGUUAUUGUGUUUUCUGUAUUUGCAGCACGCACUAUUAUGUUGCACUUUAGUGAAGAUGUGUCCUUCAUUUGUUUGGUGUAUUUUUCAUGUGUCUUCUUUGAUUGCAGCGCUUAGAGCUCUCAAGGUUGCGGCAAUCAUUGAAUGAAAAGUAUAUUUAACCGCCUGCUGACAGUAUUAAACAUGCCCUUUUUGGAAAGCACAGUACUUUAGCCUGUGCACACACAUUACUGUGGUGACAAUAGGUCAUUGCAGCAGAUCCUUUUUCAUGUGGGGCAUUGAACAACAAGCCUCCAAAUGUAAAGGCCAGGGAUCAUUAGCAUGUUUAACUGUCGAUCAAUGUGUAAAUGGCCUUUUUGUUUAUUUUUAAAGUAGAUGUCUCUGAAUCAACAAUCUUUCAUUUUGAUGUUGUUUUUCAAAGUUUGCUCCGGUGUUACAUGAAACAAUGAAAUAUAGUAAAAAAAACAAAGAAAAGAAGAAUAUAUUUAGAUGUGAAUUUGGCAGGACAUGGGUGGGAUUCAAACCAGUAAUAAUCAGGUGUCUAUGCAAGCUGUUGCAGUUUGAUCAGCCAAGGUCACAUUGAUAUGAUGGUUAUAAUCCAGUUCAUCUACAUUAGUCAUUAUGAUCACUGUCUACAUGCAGAGUCGGUAGUCUUUAGAUAAUGGCAGACUAUAUCAUAGUUUUUGGGGGAUGAUUGCGGUGGCUGCAUUUGUUUGUUUCCCAUUUGUGUAUCGUUAAUAUCCAACAUUUGUGAGCGCCUCGUCACUCAUAACAAAAGGAGGGGAAUAAGCAAAAGGAAAACGGAUGGUAACUAUUAAUGACCGUGAAAAAUAUUUCUUCAGUUCAGGUGUUGAGAAAUAUCCAUGUGAGUUUUUGGCCAGCCUUGCUAUUAUUCUGCAUGAUGCUUUGUUUUGAGAAAAAUGCAUCCUAACCCAAAGUAUGUUUUAUAUUAUUUUCCUGAGGGAGCUCCUCUCCUAUCUUUCACUCUCUCCCUCUCUUUCUCUCUUUGUAUCCUUGGAGCUCGUCACCUCUGACCCUAAAUCUCCUUUUUGUUUUAUUUUUUGGUAAACCUUCUGGAUUUUCUACAUUCAUAACAUUUUGUAGACAGCAAUAUGAGAUGUGAUUGAAAAUGGAAUAUGUGCAAUGUUGAUUAAAGAAAAAUAUAAUAUAUUCAAUAAAAAUUCAGAAACAGAA